AUGACGGCAUCAAAGACCGCCAGCGGCGGUGAAGAACCCGUGCUUCCCAGCAAAAUCCCAUAUUGGCGACUGGUUGUUGACCAAGCUGGUGUAACUCACGAUGUCCUGCACCACGCUUAUCCAGGCUCUGGCAGCGAAGCCGAUCCAUAUCUUGUGCAAUGGAUCCCAAACGACCCCCGAAACCCCAUGGGCUUCAGCAACACCAAAAAAUGGUUCAUCACCAUUACCGUGGCCAUCGCCACCCUUGCUGUCUCACUAGUUUCUUCAGCAUACACCGGAGGAAUUAAGCAAAUCAUCAUGCAGUUUCAUAUCAGCCAAGAGGUUGCAACUCUCGGUGUUUCAUUGUUCGUGCUGGGCUUCGCCAUCGGGCCGCUGCUGUGGGCACCUUUGAGCGAACUGUUUGGUCGACAGAUUCUCUUUAUCGGGACCUAUGCUUGCCUUACAGCCUUUAAUGCUGGCUGUGCUGGUGCUCAGAAUAUCUGGACGCUGAUCAUUCUACGAUUUUUCGCUGGCGCUUUCGGCUCAUCACCUCUCACCAAUGCUGGAGGAACCAUUGCGGACAUGUUUGAGCCAGCACAGCGAGGUCUGGCGACUGCCAUCUUUGCUGCUGCGCCCUUUCUCGGCCCUGUCCUAGGCCCAGUUGCCGGCGGAUUCUUGGGCAUGAAUGCUGGCUGGCGAUGGGUCAUGGGCUUGUUGGCUGCUUUCUCCGGGGCUGUCUGGAUUCUCGGGAGUCUCCUUGUUCCUGAAACAUAUGCUCCGGUCCUCCUUCGCCAACGUGCUGCCAAGUUGUCCAAGAUGACUGGCAAACACUACGUCAGCAAGCUUGACCAUGAUCGGGGCAAAGUAACCCUCGCAGAGUCCUUCAAGACGGCACUAUCUCGCCCUUGGAUCUUACUUUUCAAGGAGCCGAUUGUUCUCCUGCUUUCGGUUUACAUGGCUAUUGUAUAUGGCACCUUGUACAUGCUAUUCGGUGCGUUUCCCAUUGUUUAUCAGCAACACCGUGGCUGGAACCAAGGCAUUGGUGGCUUAGCGUUCCUUGGAAUCAUGGUGGGAAUGAUUGCUGCCGUCGUGUACACCAUAUUUUCCAACAAGCAGUACAUUGAGACGCAGCGCAAGCACGGUGGCCACGCACCGCCGGAGGCCCGUCUACCACCUACACUUAUUGGAUCGAUCGCAUUACCGGUUGGUUUAUUUUGGUUUGCGUGGACAAAUUACGCUUCUAUUCACUGGAUUGUCAGCAUUCUCGCUGGAGUACCCUUCGGUUUCGGCAUGGUUCUGGUCUUCUUGAGUAUCAUGAACUACCUCAUUGACUCCUACACCAUCUUUGCCGCAUCCGUCUUGGCCGCAAAUUCUGUUUUACGAUCUCUAUUUGGGGCCGUCUUUCCUCUGUUUACGUCGUACAUGUAUGAGGAUUUGGGCAUUCACUGGGCGUCGUCUAUCCCAGCAUUCCUAGCUCUUGCUUGUGUCCCAUUCCCAUUUCUGUUCUACAAGUAUGGGGCUUCUAUUCGCGCCAAGUGCAAAUUCGCAGCCGAAUCAGCAGCUUUCAUGGAAAAGCUACGCCAGCAAGUUCCUCCGGAAGCACCCACUGACUCUGAGAAAAUUGACGACACCACCAACCACACGGCUGCGGAUUUUUCAAGCGAUGACGAUACCCGCACAGGCGAAGAAGAGACAACAUAUGCCCCAGUCAAAGCAACACGAUCUCAUGCUUCAGGUCAUGCUGAAGUGCCCAUCGACUCAGCACUGUACGACGGCAACCCGUACGACAUUGACAGAGUCAACAGCAAUCACUCCUUUGCUGCCAACAAAUGA